UUAGCCUCCGAUACCCAGGGGAGGGGAAAAGCCGCCGCCGCCGCCGCCGCCGCCGCCGCCUCACCAGCAGCGAGAGAGCGAGGCGUGAGAACGCUUCUGCGGCCGCUGCCGCGUCUCCGCUUCCUCCUGCGCCCGCGUGGAAGCAUUUAGGGGACCCCCCUCCCCCGGUGAUGGUUUCUUCCCAGCCCGACGCGGAUUUGGUGCUCAGCGCAUGCAGACGUUCGUCCCCUUUUCCCAGGCAGUGCAGACUUCUGGAGAGCUGAAUUCACAGAAAAUAUGUACCAACGAGGAGCUUGAGAAACGUACAAUUGAACCAAGGCUUCUGCGUGGAGAAGAUGAAGAAGGCAUGAGCUAUGACUCCUUAUGUUCCUGUGCAAAAACUGAAAACAUGACCACUUGGCAGAAUGGCUGUGGAAAUGCCACCUCUGUUAUCUGUAUGGUAAUGGAUAAUAAAGAAUCAGGGAACAAUACUACCUCAUUAUGUCAUAAUGGGGGAUGCAGCACAAAUAACAGAAAUGGAAAUAACAAUCAGGAUGAUAAAGCCAAUCCUUCCAAAAUAAUGCGCUUUUUCCCCACUCCUCGGAAAAGAUCCAGCUCCAACGUAGAACGGCCUCGUUCAGUUAUAGUUAUGGGGAACUCAUCAACGUGGAAUACGUUGUCUUCCCUUAGAAAAAUGGGAUCUUUCAAGAAGUUAAAAUCAUCAGUUCUCCAAGGAAUUCCAGCCAAAGAAGAUCCAGAGAACUUAAAGGAUAACCUGCCAGAGAACAAAAUCAGAAAGCGUAUUCCAAACAAUACGACAGUGAGAGUUCAGACAAACAGGUAUUCGUAUUCAGGACCCCUGCAUGACGUGCACAGCACAACAGAUAACACGGUGGUUUCUGAUCAUUCUGAGGGAGAGGAUGAUUCCUUUCUCAGGGGCACUUGUCGAUCACGCAGCAUCAGGCGUGCUUAUGGAACUGGCCGUAUAAAUUUAUUAGAUGGUGAUAAAACUCAGGAUCCUCAGAGCAAUACCAAAAUGGUUUCCCCUGUCAUGCAGGAAUCCCAGAUUUGUGAAACUGUAGGAAAAGAUUCAGAAUGCCCCAAGCUAAUCUACAGGAGGAGUAAGAGCAGUGAUAACCUGAAUUUUCUGAAAAAGAGUUCAUUCAAAAGGAAGUCAACCUCAAACCUCACGGACCUCAAAGCUGUAAAUGAAAAGUGUAUGCCACCAAGAACCACGAGUGUGUCUUCAACUGACUCAGACAAAACUAACAGGAACUUGGAGCGGAAAUCAAAACGCUGGAAGAGCCCAAUUAGAGCGAAGGAUUUUGACAGAGUUUUGAAACUUGUCAGUAAUGUAACUGAUGGUGCUUUGAAGAAGGACUGUGCUAAGAGUGAUAUUUCUUCAGCUGGUGAACAGAACCAGAAGACAAGGUCAAACAGCAGGCUCCAUGAGGACUAUUCCCACAGGGUUUCCAGCAGCACUGAGAAUGAUAGGUGGAAGUGUCUACCAUCCCGGCGUAACCCAAUCUCAGCUGUUUCCAGGUACAGCAUCCAGAGCUCUGAGGAUGAGUAUGCUGGAUCACCCUCCUCAAUAAAUCUUGAUGCUACUGGCCACAGGAUGUCAUCUUGCGAUCUUUCAGACUUGGCUUGUUCACCACCUCCACUUCAGAACCCUGGGUCAAUUCCUGAUGAAAUCUUCCAUGAAGAUUUUGAUGGGUCAAAAAAUUCCAACAUUUUACAAACAUUUACUUGCAGCACUGAGCACCCCAUCGGCCCUGCUAGACCCACCGUUCCCAAGCCUCAGAGUCCUAACGCUGAAAGUAUCAAGUACAAUAUGGAUGUCCAUUGUCCCGACCGGUACAGUACCCUGUCGCUCAGCUCAAUGGAAAGUGAGGGAAGAGGGGAGGGGCCGUCUGCCAAGUUGGGGAAGAGUCCUGUUUGCUUCCAGGAUUCUGUGCAAGCUGUAUACUAUGACGAUACAAAUGAAGACAGUGGCAUCAGCAGCCAUUCUCAGCUGAGUCUCAACUUAGCUGUGAGCACUGAUGAAAAGAAGGAAGAGGUUAUUACUGAUGAUCAGUGGAAGAAGUUUCCAUCCCAAGAUGAAGAAAGAACAGAUGCUCAAAAAGUCCCAACCAGAAGAUGGGGUUCUGGAAAAAGAUCUCGGCCUCGGCCCCUCUCAGAUUAUGGCCAGUUGGCAAUUAGAAGUUUUUCCAUUCCAGAAGAUUCUGUUGCUGUGGAUUCCCAGAAAAUGGACUCUUUGGAGAAUGACAGUGAGACCAAGCCUCCUCCUGUUAAAUCAGAAACUUGUGCAGUAGCCAACCAAAAAACACAGAGAAGACGACCCAUCUCUGUCAUUGGUGCGGUCAGUUACUAUGAGAAUAAUCAAACAGAAGAAAUAACAGCUCUCCUUGCACAACCAGUGGCACGGCCUCCGGUACCAGCACAUCAGGUUCCUCCCUACAAAGCAGUCUCAGCCAGAUUCCGCCCCUUCGCCUUUUCUCAGAGCACACCCAUUGGUCUGGAUAAAGUUGGGUGUAAGCGUCAAAUGAGAGCAUCCAGCGGUGCUGCAGAUGGUGAUGCUGAAUCUCCAGCUUUAGUCGAUGAUAAUGGCAGUGAGGAGGAUUACAGCUAUGAGGAACUCUGCCGUGCUAACCCUAGGUACUUGCAGCCUGGAGGCGAGCAGCUAGCUGUCAAUGAGCUGAUAAGUGAUGGGAAUGUGGUCUAUGCAGAGGCUCUCUGGGAUCACGUGACCAUGGAUGAUCAGGAAUUAGCCUUCAAAGCUGGAGAAGUCAUCCAAGUCCUUGAAGCUUCCAACAAAGAUUGGUGGUGGGGAAGAAAUGAAGACAAGGAAGCCUGGUUUCCAGCCAGCUUUGUCAGGCUACGAGUCAAUCAAGAAGAACUUGCAGAAUACUGUGGUGACCUCCAAGACGAAGAACCAAACGUAGAUCCUGAAAAGCAUCGCCAAAAAAUAGCAGAAAACAAGGAUCAGAUGAGAACCAAUGUAAUUCAGGAAAUAAUGAAUACAGAGAGGAUUUAUAUCAAACACCUCAAGGACAUCUGUGAGGGAUACAUUCGACAAUGUCGCAAACAUACAGGAAUGUUCACUGUGGCCCAGCUAAGCACCAUAUUUGGAAAUAUUGAAGAUAUUUACAAAUUCCAAAGAAAAUUUUUGAAAGAUCUAGAGAAGCAGUACAACAAAGAAGAGCCCCACUUAAGUGAAAUAGGAUCCUGCUUUCUUCAGCAUCAAGAAGGCUUUGCGAUCUAUUCUGAGUAUUGUAACAAUCAUCCCGGAGCCUGCCUUGAGCUCUCCAACCUGAUGAAACACAGCAAGUACCGCCAUUUUUUUGAAGCAUGUCGCCUCCUUCAGCAAAUGAUUGACAUUGCCAUUGACGGUUUCCUCCUCACGCCUGUUCAGAAAAUAUGUAAAUAUCCCCUGCAGCUUGCUGAAUUAUUGAAGUACACUACUCAGGAUCAUAGCGACUAUAAUGAUAUAAAGGCAGCCUAUGAAGCCAUGAAAAAUGUAGCUUGCCUCAUCAAUGAACGCAAACGAAGGCUAGAAAGCAUAGACAAGAUUGCUCGCUGGCAAGUCUCCAUUGUCAAUUGGGAGGGGCAAGACAUCUUAGGCAAAAGCUCUGAAUUAAUCCACUCGGGAGAAUUGACCAAAAUCUCCAAGCAAGGCAAGAGCCAGCAAAGAACUUUCUUUCUCUUUGACCAUCAGCUUGUGUUCUGUAAGAAGGAUUUAUUGAGAAGGGACAUGCUGUACUACAAAGGCCGGAUGGACAUGGAUGAAAUGGAGGUGGUAGAUGUUGAGGAUGGCAGAGACAAAGACUUCAAUAUCUCUGUAAAAAAUGCUUUCAAAAUUGUAAAUAGUGCUAUGGAAGAAGUUCAUCUAUUUUGUGGGAAAAAGCCAGGAGAUAAAAAAAAGUGGCUGGAGGCUUGUGCAAAUGAGAGGAGACGAGUGCAAGAAGACAAAGAAAUGGGAAUGGAAAUCUCAGAAAACCAAAAGAAACAAGCAAUGCAAAAUGCACGGAAAUCAAGACAUGGGAAGAUGAAAGGUGUCAACUAUAGUGGAUGCCCAGUGCCACCACCACACCAAAGUUUACAUCCUAUCCAUCAGCGUCACGUUACAGUGCCCACUAGUAUUCCACAGCAGCAGGUGUUUGCCCUGGCGGAACCAAAGCGGAAACCAUCACUUUUCUGGCACACUUUUAACAAACUGACACCAUUUAAGAAAUGAAUAACCCACGGUCCAUGGACUGGAAGGCCAUCUGGAAAAGGGGAACAAUUUGCCAGCAAAGAUCUUGUUGGUCCAGUUGGAAAACCUGAAUUCUGUUCUGGAGAAGAAAUUGGGCUCUGUUCCUGAUUUUCUACCAUCACCUUCACGGAAGGAGACAUGGUUUAUCGAAGGAGGUAGUGAAUGAUCUGAAGAGAAUUUGGUCCUAAAUCAAUAAACAGACUGAUGGGGGAACCGCCACUUGACCACAAGAGCAAAUUGCUGCUGUCUCAAAAAGUGGCAUGUGCGUAUGUCACCUUGUACCAAAGGAAUGGUUAAAAACUCUUAAGCCAUUUUGCCAGGCUUAAUUAUGAAUGGAUUGGCCAAAUUUAGAAAUAGGAAGGAUAGCCUUUCCCCCUUUGUGCAAAAUUUUGCAGAGCGCGGUAUCCUCCUCCCUCUGGAUCUUACAUGAUCAAAUUGUCGCUACUGAGAAAACUGCUCAGCUCUUCCUCUUUGUCUUUGUUUGCUGUGUUCUUCUGUUAGGCGGGAGUAAGACUUCCUCCAAGGCAUAUUCAUGGCAAAAGGAAGAACAGGUGAACUUAGUGUCAUAAAUAGACGAACGUGCAUUUUUAUAUGAAGAAAAGCCCCUGUGGACUGGGGGUGGAGUCUUACCAAAACCGGUGCUUUGCUGCAUGCAUUAUCUGCUCAUCGAGAAACUGAUUUCAUUUUAUUUUGUUCUCUGUGGCUCUUGAGCCUGUGAAAACUGCAUCUUUGGUUUCCAGCGUGCCUGCUUGUACUGUAUGAAAAAUGCAAGUGUUUUUUUAAAUUUUAGGAGUGCCUUAAAUGGCACCAAUGUGACUAUACAAAGAUAAGAGUAUGGAAAAAAAAAAGCAACCUGAGAGACUUUUCACUCAGUCCCAUAAAUAUACUCAUUCCAUCUGGUUUGUGGGAUUUUUGAAAAAAAGGACUUCAUGUUUCCAACAUGAUCUCUUUAUGUGGUUACUCUUAUGUACAUCAAACAAGCAAGAAGAGGCUUAGCAGUUGUUUCUUCGGCAUUAUAUUAAGCGUAUCCAACACUAGGACCAUCUGGUGACAUUAGAAAUGAAUUUUGAUUAAACUCGGUAGAAACAUGGCCUAUUUAUGGAAUAUUAAAAUGAUAUGUCCUUGUUUUGAUUUGGUUUGUUCUCUUCUGUGAAAUGAAAUUGUUUUUUAACAUAGGGUUGCUAAAAAUAUCAUCCCUGGAGAAAACUGUCAUAAAUUAGAGUUUAUGGCACACUAUUGGUCCCCCUGUCUGCUGUAGUCAUAUAUUGCUAAUGCUUACAGUAAAACACUGGAUUGUGAGAAUAGGGUGGGAUGUGUGGUUUGCAGUUAGCAGUAAGCCAUAAUGGAUGGGUUCAGUUUAGCCUGUUGCAUUAACCCAACCUCUACAGUGUGUAAAUUGUGGCUCAUGGCUCAAACUAUUGAGCAUACCCAGCCAAUUGUGAUUUAUUCAAUAAACCAUGGUUAACAAACUACAGCUCAGAGCAAUGUAUGAGCAGUUUUUGGCCACAAAAACAAAUUCAGGGAUUUUUAUUUUAUUUUUGCUAUGAAGGUUGGGUUUUGGGGGGGGGUACUUUUUUAAAAAAGGAGUAUCAGCCUUUUCUAGAUAUGUUAGACUGCAGUUUCUUAGCCAGCAUGACCUAAAAGAAAGACUGAACUGUAUCGGGGCCAUGGCUUCACCCAGAUAAGGUGAAAUGUAGAACAAUUAUUUGAGUCCAUUCCUGAGCAUAGUUGUUGAGAAGUAAACCCUUUCAUCAGAACUUACUUCUGAGCAGACAUGGCAAGGAGAUGUUGCCAUCCAGCCAAACUGCGGCACUUUUCAAUCUUCGUUUCAGCAGACGUGCUUCAGUAUUAAGACUGAACUUAGGGAGAUUCAGCAGCUCCAAAAUUUGGCUGCACUGUGACGUGGUAUGUACAUAAUACGAACACACAUAUAGUGUUAAAAUUAUUUUUAACAAUUGGCAGCUUUAGCAGUAGACAAUAAAAACUGCGUCUCUGAUAGAAAACACAUCCUGAUUAGCUCUGGCUGAUUUUAUAAAUAUAUUGAAAGGAGUUGGUGCACCUUCCUUUUUCAUACUCCUUGAAAUGUCUUUCUUUACUAACAAGAAUGUUUAAACAUGAACAGAUUGCUUUUAAUAACAGGCAUGCUAGAUAUGCCUCUGUACAUAGCAUGGCAAAUCCUGCAGAACAGUCCUUCUCCCUCCAGAUGUGUUGAAUUUUGACUCUAAUUCCAAAAUAGCAUUGGCACUGGGUUAGGGAAGCUGAAGUUUUAAUUCAUCUGGAGAGCAUUGGGCUGGGGGAGGAUGCUUUAAAACAAUUUGAUGCUCAACUGAAUUGUUCAUUGUGCUGUUCAUAUUUGCUUUUGAUAUUAGCCUUCCCCCCCCCCAAAGAUGUUAAGAUUUUUAAAAAUGUAAUAGUGAUCACCAUUUCAUAUGAAAACAAGUAUCUUCUUAACUGCCUAUUUGGUUUGGACGGCUGUAUGUUUUGCAAGAGCAAGUAGUGAAUGUGUGCACAAGGAGAAAUGGCCAUGUAAGGACAUUUGAACUUGUCUCGCAUCAUUCAUAUUUUUAAAGUGUGCCCCUAAAAUUGUGUCUAACAAUUAGGACUUGUAACAAAACAUUAUAAUGUAUUUUAGAUGAAUGAGUAACCAUUCUUGUUUGGGGCUCACACUAUGUUAAAAGGAGUUUUUGCAGCUGAGUGCUGAAGAGUUAUGCCUGGGAUGUGAUGAUGUCAGAAGAUAUGGGCAUUUUUUAUCAUUUUGGCAGGCUGCAAAUUGGGCAAGUUUUCUUAAUAUUUAUAGAGACAUUAAAUGUGUUGGAAGUUUAAUAUAUCUAUUUCCUUUUAUUUCCCAUGAAAGAUCAGAAAGUCACAGCACCUUCCUUACAGUAGUUUGCAGCCAGGCUUCAGUGCUCUGAUUUUGGGAGUAUCUAGAGGGUUAUGAAGCAUAGGUUGUCUACCUCUUAUCGUAAUAAAAUAUCAAAAUUGCCAUGUUUUUCUCCAGGAAGACCUUCUAUUCCUCUUCUCACUGUUUCCUGUUUCUUCCCCAGAUGACAGUCAACAUUCAAUAGCUAUUAAACAUGCUUUAAGUCCUCUUUGCACUGUUCAGACUGCUAUGUUAUAUUUACAGGAAGAGGCCUCCAUUUCUAUUGGCACACUUCCUUGGUUCAAUACAAGAGGUAGUGAUGGAUAUCCGCUAUUUUGCCUAGACAAAAGAGAAAGGGAAGGUUAGAACAACAUCCUCUAUUCUCUGCAUGAUCGUGUCGUUUCUCUUCCAAUAAACGCUGCAGAUUUAGUGGUUGAGAUGAGCAGAACACUUCAAAUUUGUUGCAGAUGCACUAAUAUUAUAUUCUUGAGAAAACCCUCAAAAGUUACAAGCAGAGGGAAAUCAUACCCUUCAUAUUAUGCAAGAAUAACUCUGUGCUCAGCAUUUUGCUAGGCAACCUGUUUUUGUUCGUGGUCCUCUUAACUGGCUUUUUGCAGCUUAAUUUUGCACUAUAUGAAGGAAAAGCUUUCGGAGCUUGUAAGAGUAUUUGAAGAGAGAGAACAUUAUUAGGCUUUUUCAGUAACCACAAUAAUUUAGUUUGGAAUGCUCCAAAGGCCUGGGAGGAAUUAUCAGGGUUUAGAUGAUUUCAAGAACAUUUGAUAAGAACUCUUGUAAACAAUUUACCCUAACAAGUUCCUAACAUUUCCUGGGUAAUGUUAUGGUCAUAUUGUGCUGGUUAAGAUCUAAACAGCUGCUUAAAAGGUUUGCUUUUGAUCUCAAGUUUUGUACUUUUUCCCCAUCCUUUACCCAGAGCAUAAGAAUUUCUGUAAUUUUUUCCCAGCAAUUUCAAUUUUCUUACAUUUCAAAACCCUGAUUUCAAAAAUGUACUGCCAAUUGUACGCAGGUCUCAUUUCAGAAAUACAAAGUCAAAAUAGACAUGCAAAGUUAAUUGACUGAACCUGCCUGGUCUAUAUGGAAAUUAAAAUAUAUUUCAGAAUGUCGUGUUUCCAAUUCACCACAAACUUGGCUUGAUCAGAAUUUCACAUUUUAAACAGUAUAGUUGACUUUAAAUACCAAUUCCAUAUAAAUUCAGAAAAAUUGAUUAUUGUUGGCAUGGACUCUGGUUGGCAUAUAAGCCAAGCAACAAUUUGAUUGUUGCUUGGUUUAUAUGCCAACCAGAGUCAUUGCUAUGAGAGGGUGACCAUAUAAAUUGUUAUAAAUAAAUAAAUCACAGAAUUGAAUAUGGAGCUUCUGUGUACCUUGCAUGGUUUUAAAUUUCUUACCUUAAAUGUUAUGCAAACUUGGGGUCCCAGAUAUUAUAGGAUCAACUUCUGUUAUUCAGGACAGUAGCCAUGCUGGUUGGGUAUGGACAAUAUCUGGGGAGUCACUGUUAUGAUGAUUGAAUGCUAUUUUUACAUAACAUCUUUAAACCCCAGAUUAAGAAGAGUCUCCUUGUGUGAAUAAACUGAAAGUCAGAAAAUAAAACCCUUCCUGCUUCUCUUGAGAAAAGCUAGUGCCAAACUCUGAAUCCUUCGUUUAUUAGUAAUUUAUAUUUUAACAAGAAAGGUGAACAAUAUUUCAAAUUCAAAAUAUGUUGCAAGUUCAAAUGGGUUGUUCUGAUUUAUGGAAGUGUCUUGAGAUAAAAAUGGGGCUGUUUCAAUUUCAGAACACUAGCAGAAUAGUCAAAACAGCAUUGGAAUAUUUCCAUUAUGAUUGGAACAGUAAUUUCAAACUAAAAACAGAGCAUUUCAAACUCAAAAUGCAAAUGUGAGUUCAAAACACUUAGUGCAUCACUGCUUUCUUUAAAUAAAUUAGCUAGAGGUUAUAUUCUCAAGCUCAACUGAAAAGCUUGACUAAUAGUAUCUAUUGCCAUCUUACUCCAUCAUGGCCAGCUCUUAAUUUAAGUGUUAUGCAAAAUGGACACCAUUUGGGUUUCAGAAACGAGAAUUUCUAACUUAAAAUAAACCUUGGCUAUAGAGGUUGUAUUUUAAUAUUUAAAAAGUGAAGAAGCUUAGUUGAAAUUUUGUUGGAGGGCACAUUUUUUAAAAAUAGUAUUUUAGAUGCUAACUUGGAGCUUCAGCCAAAGGAUCUUAGCCAUAAUAAAACAAUAUUUUUGUCAACUGCUUUUUUCCUGUGUGUAUGGAACUUGUUUAUAACAGAUACCUUCUGAAAAAGAUCAAUAAUUUAAAAUUAUUACUACCUGUACAAAGUAUUUGUUCAGCUUGUAUAUUUUAUUUUGCAAGUGUUCUGUAACUGUUUUCUUCCAUAUAUGCUUUUUGCAUCUUAUAUUUGAUUCAGCCAGAGGUCAUGGCUUCAUUUAAAAACGGCUGUUGAAGCUGAAAUCCAAUGUAUGUAUAUGAUCCCUUUAGCCUGCUAUGUAUUUGCUGUAAUCUCUUUGGCCAGAUUUAUCUGCAUUAAUUUGUUGUAUUUUCCAGCAAUGUAUAUAGAAAUGUACAUUCAUUUUAUCUUCUUCUAACUUUAUAUUUUAAUGUGCAUAACAUUUACCAGCUGUGUCUUACAUAAAUGUCACUGUACAGUUUAAUUUUGUUGUGAUUUUCACAGUGCAUGAAGUGAACUUUAAAAAAUGGAGUUUAUUGACAGCAAAAGGAAAGUGUUUUUAUUUAUUUGGCCUACUUCUAUCUAUUUUUAAAAACUUUAAGAAUGUUCUAAAUUUUCAUAGAAAUGCAGAGUGCAUAAACACUAAGUGCCUUUUUUGCCA